GUCUCCCCAUCAAAAACUUCUACGAAAAAUCAGAACAAGAAUUUUCAUUUUUGUGUUGGUUUGGAUCUUUUUGAUUGUUUUCCAUUCAUUUGUUAGGAUUUCAACGUUACUUAUACAUCAUGGAUUUAAGUUCAGCUUCAUCAUUAAAUGCUCUAUGUAAUUUAUUAAAACCAGAAAAUGAAGAUUCAGACAGCGAUGAAGAUCAGCCAUCAACAACUUUAGGAAAAUUAGGACCAGGUCACAUUGGUGAAUUAACAAAACCACCUUCAACUACAGACAAAAAAAAAGCAACAAAUCCUGACAGUAAAAAUAUUUGGGAUGAAGAAGAAAUUCCAGAAGGUUCGGAGUUUGAAUCAACUUUUGAUCCUUGCCCACAGCCAGAAUUUGAUAUUAUGUAUAAACAAGCAGUGACAUCUGAAGAUAUAUUUUUACAAAUGGGAAAUAAAACGAAUGCUACAUCAUCUUGUGAAGCAAUGGUAAUAAAAAUUCAACUUCCUGGUACUAAAAUGGCAGAUGUAGAUUUAGACGUCAAACCUAAAUAUUUAGACUGUAGAUCUCCCAAAUAUAAAUUAGGAUUACAUCUUCCCCAUCCUGUAGAUGAUAAAUCUGGCAAGGCAGAGUGGGAUAAAAAGUUGGAAAUUUUAAAAGUGACUUUAACAAUGAAGAGAGAAUAUGAUUUUGUGAAUAUGUAAUUGUGAUGUGAAAUGCAUCCGAAGACUACACAAAAUAUUUUAGUUAUUGUGAAUUCAAUCAACAUUUUUUGUAAUCACUUCAUGGUCAUCAUCAUUAAAAGUUAUAAAUGUC